AUGUCCUCACCACCUUCCGCUCGGCCAUAUCGAUCCAAGCGUCAUCGGCCAUGCGACCAAUGCCGGGCACGGAAGUUAGGCUGCCAGACGGAUGAUGGCAUCCCUUGUCAACGAUGCCGAGCCGCCAAGCUCGAUUGUACGUUCGAUAACCCUCCGCCGAAACGAGCGCGUCUCUCGGAAUCCCUGUCCUUUGCCGUUCCAAGCGUUGACGAGCUACCGGUCACGUCCCAUGCAGAAGAGAGCAUCUUUGGUCGUGGCUUUUCCAAUUCUGGAAGCCCACCUGGUAGUGUUGGGCCUCCAUACUCGUCAUUGGACUUCGGCCAAGUCGGCGGGCCAUCGCCGGAUUCUGGGAUACUGCUAGCCGCUCGGCCGCCAACUCAAUUUGUCCAAAGUAUUGAUCGGCUAGAGCACGGAUAUGCCCAAUUAUUUGGAGCAUCGUCCGAGUCAGACCCCUGGCUUUUGAGGCACUGCCGAUUCGAUGACGCGGGCAUGAAAUAUUUUUAUAAGGUACAUUAUCGCAAUGCCGGAGGAGUGCCCACUGCACAGCGAAUACCGGUCCAUUUCAUGGUGUCAUCCGAGGAACUUUCAUCUGCAAUCAAGCAGAAUACAAGAGCAGGUAUCGGGGAAGUUACUCGGGAGUAUCUCGACUGCCUAGUGCCUCCCGAAUAUGGCAGGCGACUUGUCUCAUUAUUUGUCAAGUAUGUGUUUCCCGCUUUGCCGGUUAUAUCACGUUCGCAGCUAGGAUUGACCACAACGUCAUACCAGCUCCCCGAGUUGUCUGCAUUAGCAAAGGUGCCUGUUCACCUUCUCGCGGCCGUCUAUGCAUCAGCGUUCCCAUUUGUCAGUCAUGACGACUAUCUAUGUGUCUUGAACACGUACCACAACUCACCAGUGCAGAGACUUUGGCGUAUGGUGUAUGAACUAGUGACCGAAGAGAUACACAGUCCUCGUCUAGCAGUUCUUCAGGCAGCGCUGCUAUAUCUCCACCAGCAACCGAUGGAUGAGACCCGCUACAGAACCGCCGAUACGCCAUUCACCUGGUCCUUUGUGGGCCAAAUCGUCGGCCUAGCAUGCUCGCUCGGCGUCCACAUUGAAUGCCGCAUGUGGGGAAUACCGGCAUGGGAGAAGCGUCUGCGGCGUCGCCUUUGGUGGGCAGUAUACGCCGAAGAUAAAUGGCGCAGUCUGGUGAUGGGACGGCCGCCGUAUAUCCAUUCGGCCGAAUGGGAUGUCAGUGAGUUAGAUGAAGGCGAUUUUCUCAUUGGUCCCCGGCAGAGUUUCUCGACAUGUUCGUGCGACACCGAGAUUCCUUUUCGGUACUUGGUGAACCUAGCUCGGAUUGCUCAAGAUAUCCAAGAAACAUUUUAUACACUCAGAGCCUCCCAAGUCCUCAACGCAGACUUCGAUUCCUCAGCUGAGCUUGGCCAAAGUCUGCUGGAGCAGCUAAACUCGUGGUACUCUUCUCUGCCGGACACGUUCCGUCUGCCAAACUGGAGCAAGUCUGUGCAGGGACUCGCCCCAUAUCCGACCUCGAUUCACUUUGCCUACCUGUUACUCGUGGUUUAUGUCUACCGAGCGAUGCUUCGACCCAUGGCGCGAUCCUCAAGCCCACCCAUGAUUUUCGAUAUGGAAGAAAUGCCCAUUAACUCUCCACUGCCCGUGGAUGAUCCAACUUUGGACUUUCCCGAUAUUUCAGGAAUUGAAUGUCUACCUGAGAUCUCAAUAUCCGACGAGUGUGGAACCGGUGAAAUCGUCCUACAUGGAGCAGAGAAAUGUGCAACCAUUUUAGUAAAUUUCACGCGGCGCCUGACACCCAGCGACUUUACUGGAUUUUGGUACUCAUGGUCACGCAUUGGAUUCGCAACAGUUUCCAACUUCCUCAUGCUACUUCUUGUCCAAGCACCGAAUAUCGCACAUGCAACCCGUGGUAAACAACUGGUAGACUCAUGGCUUCAAGUUUUGAGGUGUCAAAGCCAGAGUUUCCCGCUUGUUAAACUGGGACUGGCCCGGCUAGAUGCCUUACAUUGGGCUGGCCUCUCAAGCACAUUCGUCCUUCCUCCACAUGUACAACAGGCAACUACUGACCAAUCCCAGACAGACUCAUAA